GGCUGGGUUAGUCCUCCAUCUUGGCUCAGACCAGUGAAGCUGUUAGCCGAGUCUUCCCUGAGAGUAGGAGAAACAGCUGAGCUGACCGGACCGCCGCCGAGCCGACCGAACCCGGACUGUCUUACAAAGCCGAGUCGACCCAGCGGCUGGCAGGCAGAUCCGGACCUGUUCUUGGCUCCAUACCACUCCCAAGAGGUGCUGCUGGACUGCUAACGGGCUCGCCGGCUAACUUAGCCACCAAAGAGGAACUGUUGCUCCGGUCCCGUUUGGAUAGAUGUCGGUUAAAACCAGCCGGAAAAUAAGCCGUGCCGAACCAAGCCGGGUUAGAUAACCCACCGGCCGUGUAGCUCUCUUCAGAACCGAUGAUGCCGGGUGGAAACUUGCUCAGGUAAAAAGCGAAGUGAAGUUCCGGCAGAACCUCACACCGUCCGCUGAGUUCACACAGGUGUUCUGGGGCUGACAGGCGGCUUCAUGAGCGGACCUCCGGAAUACUGACCCGGAUAACAUGUCCACCAGGACCCCCCUGCCCACUGUCAACGAGCGGGAUACAGAACAGCAGGCCUCGGGGGAAGAUGGGCGUGGUGAGGUGGCGGCCCGCUCUGUCCGCUCCGCUCGCUGUAAGAGCUCCUUGGUGGCCGGCGACGGGUCGGCCCACGUGGGGAACUACAGGCUGCUGAAGACCAUCGGGAAGGGAAACUUUGCCAAAGUGAAGCUGGCUCGCCAUGUCCAGACGGGCCGAGAGGUGGCCGUCAAGAUCAUCGACAAGACCCAGCUGAACCCGACCAGCCUGCAGAAGCUCUUCAGAGAGGUCCGAAUCAUGAAGAUCCUGAACCACCCCAACAUCGUCAAACUGUUUGAGGUGAUCGAGACAGAGAAGACCCUCUACCUGGUGAUGGAGUAUGCCAGUGGAGGUGAAGUGUUCGACUACCUCGUAGCUCAUGGGAGGAUGAAGGAGAAGGAGGCCAGGGCUAAAUUUAGACAGAUUGUCUCUGCGGUCCAGUACUGCCAUCAGAAGCGGAUUGUUCACCGCGACCUGAAGGCGGAGAACCUCCUCCUGGACGCCGACAUGAACAUCAAAAUAGCAGAUUUCGGCUUCAGUAACGAGUUCACUGUCGGUGGGAAACUGGACACUUUCUGUGGUUCUCCUCCGUACGCUGCACCUGAACUCUUCCAGGGGAAGAAGUAUGACGGUCCGGAGGUGGACGUGUGGAGUCUGGGGGUGAUCCUCUACACUCUGGUCAGCGGCUCUCUGCCUUUUGACGGACAGAACCUGAAGGAGCUCAGAGAGCGGGUUCUACGAGGAAAAUACCGGAUCCCCUUCUACAUGUCGACGGACUGCGAGAACCUACUGAAACGCUUCCUGGUGCUGAACCCGGGGAAGAGAGGAACUCUGGAGCAAAUCAUGAAGGAUCGUUGGAUCAACAGUGGUUCUGAUGAAGAGGAGCUGAAGCCUUUUGUGGAACCAGAGCUGGACAUAAAGGACCAGAGCAGGAUCGACCUGAUGGUGGGAAUGGGAUACUCCAGGGAUGAGAUCAACGAUUCGCUCACCAAGAUGAAGUACGAUGACAUCACAGCCACUUACCUGCUGCUGGGACGUAAAGCUGCUGAGGUGGAGGCGGGUGAUACAUCUUUGCUUAAACCUCGUCCGACCAGCAGCAGCCAGUCUCCUGCCCACCUGGUCUCCCAGCGCACCCCCUCCUCCUCCUCUUCCUCCUCCAAACAGAGGAGGUACAGUGACCAAGUGUGUCCGGUCUCCUCGGUUGCUCCCAGGAAAAGUCCGGCGGCGGUGGAGGGGGAGGCCAAGCAGGAGGGGGGACACAGGAAGCCCAGCCCCGGGGAGACUGCCAGCCCAUUGCUCGGCAACGCUAACAACCCGAAUGUGAGCGACAUCCCAGAGCGCAGGAAAACAACAGCCACACCCCCUGCAUCGUCGUCCAGCAUGACGAGGAGAAACACAUACGUGUGCAGCGAGCGGAGCUCCACUGAUCGGACUUCAACUGUCCACAACGGCAAAGAGAACAGCUCAGCUAACACACCCACUCAGCGCUCUGGGGGCGGAGCUUCCACUCACAGCGUCAGCAGCGGAGCCACGCCACCGGACCGGCUGCGGUUUCCACGGGGGACAGCAAGCCGCAGCACCUUUCAUGGGGGGCAGCUCCGUGAGAGACGCACCGCCACCUAUAACGGCCCACCCGCCUCGCCCAGCCUGUCGCAUGACGCCACACCCCUCGCCCAAUCACGGUCCAGAGGCUCCACCAACCUGUUCUCCAAGCUCACCUCCAAACUCACACGCAGAGGGACGUCAGAAGUGGAGAGGAACGGACGACCUGAAGGGUCCAGUCGUAACAUGACAUCAGAUCAGAGGGAGGAGCCUGCGUCUCCCGCCACUCCUCACCUGAAGGACGCAAAGCCGCGCUCCCUCAGGUUCACCUGGAGCAUGAAGACCACGUCCUCCAUGGAGCCUCUGGACAUGAUGCGGGAGAUCAGGAAAGUCCUGGAUGCCAACAACUGCGACUAUGAGCAGCGGGAGCUCUUCCUGCUGCUCUGUGUCCACGGAGACGGACACGCCGACAGCCUCAUCCAAUGGGAGAUGGAGGUGUGCAAACUGCCCCGCCUCUCUCUCAACGGAGUUCGAUUCAAACGCAUUUCAGGAACAUCCAUUGCCUUCAAGAACAUUGCCUCCAAGAUUGCCAACGAACUCAAACUUUAGACACACAGGUACGGCAGGGACAGACAGGUGGAGAUAGACAGGUGUUGGACAGAGACAGACAGGUGGAGAAAGACAAGUGUGGAGACAGACAGGUGGGUGACAGACUGGUGGAGGUGGACAGGUGUUGGACAGAGACAGAAAAUGUAGACAGACAGGUGUAAGUAGGGCAGACAGGUGUAGCAGGGACAGGUGUCUCGUCGUGCUCGUUUAAAAAAAUGUGACCUAACUGAUUACUGCUCUCUGAUUGGCUGCAGCUGUAAGGUGGUUUAAUUGAAUGGACACACAUCUGUACUCACUGAUUAUUGAUUAUUGAUGCUGCAGCCAUCUUGUGGUCUCUGUGUACAGGGUUUCUCUGCCAGCUCUGCAGGGGUAGCUGCACAACAAACCAGGAUGAGCAGAAUUUGGUGCAAAGGGUCAUGGGACUCUGAGUCCAGUGUUGCAACACAUUACCAGUUUUAUUUUCAGAGAGUCUCUGCAGGUGUUGCCGGGAGUCUCUGCUGGGCCUGCAGAGAGACUGUGGCCUGAGGAGCCACCGGACAGGUUGGUGUGAGUCAGUGUUUGUGAAUGUAAAUAGUUUCUCACCUUGUUUUCAUGUUGAUUUUGUAUGUGUGAGCCGUCAGCUGAUAACUGAACCUCAGGCUCACCUGUGUCUCAUUAAAUACCUGAACACA